AUGACCAAGAUCACCAUCCACUUCCUCCCCGUGAGGACCGCGACGCUCAGACGGACCAAGCGCGACGCCGAGCUCACCGACGCCGAAGCAAAGUCCCAUGCCCGGCGGUCUGCUCACGUCCUGGCCAGACUGCCCAAGCGCACGGCGCGCGGGCAUGCAAGGGCCGGGUCGCAGUCCAUCCUGCGGCUCAAGAAACGCACAAAGAAGCCGGAAACCAUGCCUGCCGACAACAACGACACCCAGGCCCCCAUUUCGCGAAGAAUGCAGGCCAAUGUGCCGCCCAGCAUUGGAGACGUGGAUGGAUGCGACCCUUUCGUCCGCUUCCCGUGCGUGACCGGGUCGAUUGAGCACAAGUUGUUCCAUUUCCUCAUGUCCUACGUGCCGAGCCGAUUCUACGGCACCCGGCCGUGGGCGGCGUACGACGUGCUCCGCGACUCGGUCAUGCCCGAGAUCCUGACGGGGGGCGCGUACAUGUCGCUCGCGCUGUACGUGGCGGCGGCCAUCGUCAACACGCUCAAGUCGCCGCAGCAGCAGCCGCAGUUCUCGGAAGAAUGGAUGCUGGCGCGGCAGGCGACCAACUACCGGCUGCUGAGGCAGCUGCUGGAGAACCAGCACGGCCACCCGUGGGACUGGGCCAUCACCUGCGUCGUCGUGGCGGGCUACGCCGACGCCAUGGCCGGCCAGGCCGAGCGCGGCCGCACGCACACAAGGGCCGGCCUCGACAUGCUCCAGGACUUUCGGAACCUGCAGCGCAUGCGGCUCUCGUCGGGGUCCAUCGCCUUCAAGGCGUUUCUGCAGACGGGCGUGCCCACGAUGUUCCCGACGAGCGCCGCGCUCGAGGCGGCCAUGCACGGCGCGAGCCAGAACCUGCGGCGGAUCCAAGCUUGGACCCGUCUCAAGCGGAAUGCGCGGUGCUCCGGCACCCACUGCCAAUGUCAUCCCCCUGACGCGGUUGGGGAGAACGAUGCCACGGAGCAGACAGCCCGCUCGAACGGAGAGUGCCGCUACUGGGCGGCGCGGCGCCUGGCCCUGGGCCCGACGACGGCGAUGGGCCGCUUGCUGGCGCCCAAGUCCAUCCGAUUGCCCGUCUCGGACGAGCGGCUGCUGAUGGCCAGCAUCUACGCCCUGCACGGCAUCCUGUGCAACCUGCAAGACGUCGACGCCGCGGCGGAGCGCUUCUUGGCCGACGUCGGCGAGAUGACGGCUAACAGCCUGGACGAGGGCGUCGACCUGAGCGUGCCCCCGCGGUUCGCCAUGCAGAACUGCAUCCACAUUGUCGUCGCGUGCGCCGAGAAGCACGGCCUGUGGUUCUACCACGGGCCGGGACACCCGCUGCCCGCGCUGCGCACCUGGGAGGCCCUCGAGUUUGUCGAGAUCAUGAUGCUCACGGGCCCUGCGAAGCAGCAGAAGAUCAUGGACGCGAUGCGCCGCUGGCUCUAUUGGGAAUCGUCGCAGCCGGUGGAGGUGGCGGUGGCGACGUCGACGACAAUAACCCCACAAACACUCCUCCUCGGCGACGACAGCGAGCUGGAAGAAUUCAAGAACGAGAUCGUCUCGAACUGGAAGGCCAGAAGAGCCUCCGAAAGUUCGACUCGGGACAUAGAAAUAGACUCAAAUACCCUCGCCACUUCCAAGACAGAGAAGGUAAAGGCAUGA